CCCAGCCCCUCUUCUUGAACGUUCCGAAAGUGCUUCCCCUGGCCGCCCCCUGGCUACCCCCGCCCUUCCUCUCUGCUUCUUCCCCACUCACUAGCACCCCAUGCUCGCAUCGACUCCAAUUCCCCCCCUUCCCCCACCCCCAGCCCAUUCAUCAACCCCCAGUACCGUUCCUUCUUCUUGCCUCCCUCGUAGCCCCCUGCUGCACUCUUGCUUUCUUCAUUCCUUCCUUCCCGUGCCUCGAAAUUCAUAACUGCGGAUAAGGACAGGUACAAAAUAAGACCUCGAAGGGAGAGAGAGAGAGAUAGAGAGAUAGAGAGGCUGAUCGGGCUCGAGAAUCAUCGCUUUUUCGCCGAGAUAAGGAUGGAUGGUCGGCCCCACAUAAUCUCGGUGAUAGAGUAUCGGGAGCUUUGCAGUGCAGCAGGGAAGGCCUCGGGACCGCGAAAUUGCUCUCGUGCUGGCGGUGUUGGUGCGCGAGCGACAGGUGGAGACGAGGCACGGGAAGAGAAUUCUGCAGCAGUCGCGCAGGGCUUUAGGCUCUCGGGGUUUAGAUGUCCCAUAGCUUCGUCUUUUGCGCCUGCCACCGAAGGCAAUGAGCGAAAGGAGGACGAGGAAGAGGAGGAGCUGACGAAGGGUUCGGUGGACGAGGAGAAAGCAACUGCUUUUGACAAUUAUGGAGGCUUCGAGCUUGGCUUCAGGUGCGGAGAAGCCGAACUAGCCAGAGCUUUGUCUGCGAAGGUUGGGGUCGAUUUUCACGAAGAGAUUAUUGGAACGAAGCAGCCUUCGAAUCCCUUCGGUCGUCCAGGAGCUGGAGAUAGAGGAUCACGGGACACAUCAAAUCACCGAAAGGUUCGUGCUUUGGAAUCUGAUUCACCGGAAACUCAGCGAGAUGAGAAUGAACUCCGGGAGCAGAGAUCAAUUUCUGAUUCGCGAGAUGGUUUUCGAGCGAAUCCAGGUAAAGGGUGCCACUGUGAAAACGGAUCGAAGGGUCUGGAAGCAGGACUGCGCGAUGGCAGAGGAACACAACCAUCGCAUGUGCACGAGAAUCCAGCAGCGGACGAAGGUGGAGGCCGAAUGGCCGGGAGGAUCGCACAGUGCCUGGGACCUACAGGACCCGGGCUUUUGGCGGUGAGAGGCGUGCCGGGAGUAGCCGAGCUGCGGAAGAAAUUGCUGCCGCUGGCCAAAGAGUUGGCUCUGAUGCCUGAUGACUUGCGUCGUCUCAUCCUCAAGGAACAUGAUUUGAACACCGACGUCCCUCUGAAGAAGCCCGAUCGACCAGUGUCUGCGUUUGCCACGCAGUUGCGCUACGGUCAUUACAGCAGGUCUCAUAUUGAGUGUUGCAAUGCUGUCCCUGGAUCCAGAGCCGUCUACGGCCCGGGCAUCUCGUCGGGCAAUUCUGGGAGCCAACCGAAAAUCGACUCAGUGAUUUGCGGAGACAAAGACAUGGACGAGCUCGGAAGAACCCUGAGGCAGCUGGGAUCGUGCAUGGUGGAAGUGGGGACACUUGUUGCGCGUCUGUGUGACAAAAUUUUACCAGGAGUUGAGCUCGAGGAUGCCAUCUGGGAGUCUGGAACUGCCAAAGGCCGGCUGAUUCAUUAUCAUUCGGAGCUCGAAGGCAGAUCUAUGCGCUCGAAGAUUAGCCACCGAUCCUCAAAAAAGAUCUCUAAAGCUGGGAACGAGAACAAAAGCAACAGCAAUUCUCUCAAUCUGAUCGACAAUGAAGGGUCUGAUUCCAAGGUGGGGAACGAGAAGUCUGAUGCAUGGCAGCAAUGGCAUUACGACUACGGACUGUUCACUGUGCUGACAUCGCCCAUGUUUUUGAGCUGGGAGGAGCCGUCUGAGCCAGCGCAGACAACCACAGCGACGAUCAUGAAUGCUGUGUCCACGUCCAGUUAUGCCUAUGCUGCUGGUGACCACUCUGGCUUGAUUAUUAUGCACCAAGGCGCUGCUCGAUACGUGAACAUUCCAGCGGACUGUCUGGUGGUGCAAGUCGGUGAAGCAGCCCAGAUUCUGUCCGGGGGCAGAUUGGCUGCCACUGCCCAUUACGUGAGCAGGGCAGCUCAGGCCGAUGUCAGCAGGGAGACAUUUGUGGUGUUUCUGCAGCCUGCAUGGCACAGGCGCCUCAGUCCCCACUGCGGAUUCAGUAGUCCCCUGAAUUCACAAGAAAAAGGAGCACCCAUUCACGACUUGGAAAACAGGAGAAGCUGUUAUGACAGCAGCGACCCACUUCUGCCAAAUUGUCGAGGAAAUUGCUACCAAAAGCACCAGGAAGUAAGUGGUCAAGUCGAUCCAGAGGACCCGCAGCCACAAGACGAUCAACAGAGUGACUUAUUGCAGGCAGUACCACCUCUGUCAUCACGAUGGAGGGACGGAUGUACAUUUGCGGAGUUUUCCAAGGUGACCACAGGACAGUACUACGGUGCGCAUGGCCGCCAAUCACGAAAGUAGCCAAGUGGCAAAUUGGCAAGGCGUGCUAGUCCGAGCCGCUCAUCGAAGCAAAUUCUGGAGGCAUGUUCUUGUAGCGUACAGCAGCAGCGCUCGAAGAGUACUGUACAGUGUAGUAGAUCUGUGAUAUGAAUAUCCAGCAAAGUUGCACUAUUUUCUUUCUUCACGCACCAAGGAUUCACUUUACAAUGUCACGUACUCCUAACUAUCAAAGAUGAAUCCUGGACUCGGGUCUGAAAUGCAUAAGAUUGAAAUCAGUGAACUCGUUAACAGCAAGACCACGAAGUAUGUUAAUUGAGAGCUCUUGUCAGAGCUCUGACCAAGCAAUCACCUUUGAAAGGUUGAAAGUACUCUUGUACAUAUUAAACAUGAACUCACCAUUUUUUUUUCAAAAUUAGUCGGAGACACACGAUACUAUCCAGCUAAACUAACACGACUCUAAUGAAACAACAAGAGAAGGUAAAGAGAAAUAAGUAAACUGCCAGUUUAAAGAAGAAAAGAGAACCAUAAUAAACGCAUCUUAAAGAG